AUGUCUGGUCGUAGCCCGAGAGAUCGAUUGUCCAAAUUAUUCCACAAACGCCAGGCUUCGGAGGCGAAGACUGACGACAAUGGCGCCUCAGCGUCACCGCCCGCCUCUCCCAGUGCGGCAGCUGGACGAUCAUCUGGUGUCCGUCGCGUAAGCUCGCGUAGAUCAAUACGUGACCUAGUACAUAGCAAGGGUCAUGGACAAUCUAAGCGAAAUUCUGUCGUGGUCGACGACGGCACAACGACAAGCACACAGGUGGGUGCUCAAGCAGCCGCGACCAAAGCUAUGUAUCCGGACGAGGACAUAGUUCGCCUUCCCAGCGUGACGCACCAGAGCGACUUAUCUGCCGACCUUCAACAAUUCACCAACGCUGACGCUCAGAGGGCGAUGGGUGAGGAGGCGUAUAGCGAGGACGUUGCGGAUCGCAACAUGAAGCGCAAGCCUGUGAGCAUUCCUGUGAGGCAGAGGGCGGGACCAGAGCAGCUUAAUGGAGCGGAUGGCACUGGUAUUCCACCAACAGCCUCAAGAGACCAACGAUAUUCUGAGGACAUGGCCACUUCCACUGGUGCUCGCAAUCAGCCAAUCUCUGGUUCCGCACGUGACCUACCUCAGCCAUUGAAAGUGAAUAAAAGAGCACCUGCUGCAAACGCCGUAGACAGCUUUGGAGCUCCAGUUUCACCUGUCACUUCAAAUGAAAGUCGGUCUCUCUCGCACAAGCCGGAUGUCACAGACCUACGACAGUCCUCUGACGCAGUUCGCCCGAGUGGAGGGAUUGUGAGCUCGUACAAUCCGAAAACGAGCGUGGAUUCCGAGCGCCGAAGAAUCAAGCGCACGAGCCUUGACAAGCCUCUGCCGUCGAGGCCAUCAGAUGAGUAUGCGGACGAGUUUCAGAACGAUCGAGUAAUCAGGCAGGAGAGAGGAACGGUGGGGGCUCUUCCAAGCCAAGUCCAACGUGGAUCACAGUUAGCCGACAAGGGAGUCGAUCUCAAGGGUGUGGUUGAUCUGUCCAACACGCAAGACACGACUUUGCACGAGAAGUGGGCGACAGCCGUGACGCACGAGACCAUCAUUCGAGACGUCCACGAGAUCUUCCACGAAGAGACUACACGCGAGAUUCACGAACACCACAUCUUCCAUCGUGUGCUGCCAAUCAUCGAUAUCGAGGUCCUGCCAGCGAGACACUUCAUCCCUGUCUCUGGAGGUUACGCCGAGAUUGCCGAAGAUGAGGUACCAGGCCAGACAGGCAGGAAUGCUCAAUGGCUGAUUGCGGAGACUGUCUCCAAGAUGCUGCCAAAGGGCACUCACAAGAUCGUGCCGGAGCAUUUCACCGCAAGGAAGUUCCAAGGGGCAGAUGGCGAGUCGAAGGAGUACAUCACGCCCGAAGGCUUCAAGCGAACGGAGCAGUGGUGGGUGCAUCCGCCUACUUUCUACGAGCCAGGAGCCGUCACAAGCGGUCAAACCUAUCCGUUCUACAUCGGCUCGCCGGAUCCGAGAGACGAUGGCAUACGAGCGAAAUUGCCUGGAGGCAACGUGGUGGGUCUCUCGCCAACACUGGCUGAGCAGAGACGCAAGCAGAUGGCUAUGGGAAGUUCUGCGGGAGAAUUUACGGACGUACCCCCGCCAGUGCCAACGCACAAGAUCUUUCCUGCCGACCUUGUCGAUUCUGCAAGAGCUGGUCCGGCCAAGGGACGGCGUUGA